AUGAAUAGACCCGCGAACCAUCCCUUAUAUGAAAAUCUAGAUAAAGGAGGUGAUCCUUUUCCUAAACCGAAAACAACGGGAUAUCAAUCACUUACUCAGUCACAAACUAGCUUUGUUUCUGGGAUUUCUUUCUACUCAUAG